ACUUCACCCCACUCAUCAUUUUCAUCAACAAAGACCUUCAACUAUUCUUCUCUUCCAUGAAUUUCUCUAAAGAAAAAAUGACACCCAUUGGGAUUUUAGUUGUGGGUAUUCUUUCAAUGGUCUCUCUUGUUCAAGGAAACAACAAUGGAGGUUGGGUUAAUGCUCAUGCAACCUUCUAUGGAGGUGGUGAUGCUUCUGGCACAAUGGGUGGGGCUUGUGGGUAUGGGAAUUUAUACAGUCAAGGGUAUGGUACAAAGACAGCAGCAUUGAGUACAGCUUUAUUCAACAAUGGGAUGAGUUGUGGAGCCUGCUUUGAGAUCAAGUGUGCAGGUGAACCAAAAUGGUGUCAUCCUGGUUCUAUAGUAGUAACUGCCACUAACUUCUGUCCUCCAAACAAUGCCUUGCCUAACAAUGCUGGAGGUUGGUGCAAUCCUCCACAACAACAUUUUGAUCUCUCUCAGCCUGUGUUUCAGCAGAUUGCUCAGUAUAGAGCUGGAAUUGUUCCUGUUCAUUACAAAAGGGUACCAUGUAUGAAGAAAGGUGGGAUCAGGUUCACAAUUAAUGGACACUCAUACUUCAACUUGGUACUAAUAACAAACGUAGGAGGAGCAGGUGACGUAACAGCGGUUGCGAUAAAAGGUUCAAAGACCGGAUGGGUACCCAUGUCAAGAAACUGGGGUCAAAACUGGCAAAGCAACUCAAACCUUGAUGGGCAAGCUUUGUCUUUCAAGGUGACGACCAGCGAUGGUCGUACCGUCGUAUGUAACAACGCGGUCCCCGCCAGUUGGUCCUUUGGCCAGACAUUUACUGGCGGACAAUUCACUUAGUCAUUUCAUCAAACACUUGGUACCCACAAAAAGAGCUCGUAUUAGAGAGGCUCUUUUGUAUGUUUUUAAUUUUAAAAAAAGCCAGCUUUUUUAGCUAGCUGAUAGUUGAGUCAGUGUGGUCAACUGGUCAUGCCACACGGCCUAUUUGUGUGUGUGUGUGUUAUUACUUAUUUGUUUGUGUUCCAUAAUGAAUGAUGCUUGCAGGUUGUCUGCAACUGUUUUUAUGUGAAA